CCCGGACAGCAGCAGCGGCGGCGGCGGCGGCGGCGGCGAAGCGGGCUGCUCGUGCUCCGGCAGCAACGGGGCGGCCGACGCGGCUCCGUCCUCGCCCCGCGACGCGCCGGCGGCCGCGCGGCUCAAGCUGCUGCCCAUGAACGACCAGAUCCGGGAGCUGCAGACCAUCAUCCGGGACAAAACAGCGAGUAGAGGUGACUUUGUGUUUUCUGCUGAUCGCUUGAUUAGACUGGUGGUUGAAGAGGGGUUGAAUCAGCUCCCAUACACAGAAUGCACAGUAACCACUCCAACAGGGUACAAGUACGAAGGGGUGAAAUUUGAAAAAGGGAACUGUGGCGUCAGCAUAAUGAGAAGUGGAGAGGCCAUGGAGCAGGGCCUGCGUGACUGCUGCCGAUCGAUUCGCAUAGGGAAGAUCCUGAUCCAGAGUGACGAGGAGACCCAGAGAGCCAAAGUAUAUUAUGCAAAGUUCCCACCCGAUAUCUACCGGAGGAAAGUCCUCCUCAUGUACCCGAUACUAAGCACUGGCAACACUGUGAUUGAGGCUGUCAAGGUUCUUAUAGAACAUGGAGUCCAGCCAAACGUCAUAAUCCUGCUGAGUCUGUUCUCCACGCCCCAUGGUGCCAAAUCAAUAAUCCAGGAAUUCCCAGAUAUCACAAUUUUAACAACAGAAGUUCAUCCUGUCGCGCCCACUCAUUUUGGACAGAAGUAUUUUGGGACAGACUGAAGUACUUAACCAGUUUGUGUUUUGUACUGUGAAAAUACUUGACCUAGGCCAUUUUUUAUUAUUUAUAAGGAGAAAUAAUUGGUCUUAAGUUCAUGUGUUAUUUUAACAAUGAGUUGAGGGCAAGGAACCACAUCCGGCUACGACUAAUAAUGAGUAUGUCCAAAUUGCUGCAUUCAUACUUCCUUUUAUUUAUUCUUUGUCGCCAAUUUUGAGUGGCUGCUUGCAACUGUAAAAUAAAGUAACUGUGAAGGCA